AUGGCUCCACGCUUGGGCGUCUUCAGAUCUGUACUUAGGACAGCCCUGCGCUCCUCUCAAGGCAUCUCUCAAAGGUCAUUCGUCAGAUUGCCACUAGAACGGCCGGUCGAUGAGGAGACGUUACCUCACUAUGACAUGGAACAGUUUUACCCUGUGCACAUUGGAGAUGUAUUCAAUGACAGGUACAGGGUCACAGGGAAGCUUGGCUUCGGAGCGUAUUCAACGAGUUGGCUAUGUCACGAUAUUCGAAGCCAGAGAUAUGUCGUGCUGAAGGUGUCUACAUCGCUGCGGAAAUUCCCCACUGCAACCGACCGCGAGUUCAAGGUUUACGAGCACCUCGCGAAAAUAAAAUCCAGCCACCCAGGACAAUCUCUAAUCCGAGAGCUUUAUGACUCCUUCGAGCUUCAUGGCCAUGCUGGGAAACACCGUUGCCUGGUCCUUCAGCCGAUGCAUAUGACUCUUCUUGAAAUGAUGAGACUAAAUCCAAGACCCUUUGACUUACCCCUUCUAAAAAUGACAUUGCGACGAUUACUAUUGGCGCUGGACUUUUUACAUACAGAAGCCAACAUCACUCACACAGGAACUCUAAUUUGGGACCUCUUUGAAGGGUGUCAUCUAUUUGGAGAUAUCUUUGAUGAUAAUGGUAACCACGACCCAUUCAAACAUCUGGCAUUAAUGGUUGCAUUAAUUGGGCCACCGCCAAUUGAAUUUGUUCAACGCAGUGAAACAACUGGUCAAUGCUUCAGUCACAAUGGCGCUUGGGUUGCCCAUGAAGAUGCGGUUGUACCACCCAUUUCCCUGGAAAUUCUAGAGAAACGACUUUCUGACACCGAGAAGGAAUCCUUCCUUUGUUUUCUCAGGUCCAUGCUUAGAUGGCUGCCAGAAGAGCGUAAGACCGCAAAGCAGCUGCUUGAAGAUCCGUGGCUGGUCUGA